UUUAUCAAAACAGUUUCCUAAAGUAAAACAAACAAAACAGGGCCGGGAGGUGCUCCAGGCUGCUGCUGUGAGCGGCUGUAGGGUGGGCUGUGUGGCACAAACAUGAUUCUCUCCUCUUUGCACCCUCAGGCCGAUUCCCACACUUCAGCAGUCUGUGCACACCUGUUGGAUCGCUUCCCCCCACCCUCAGGUCCUCGGCGAUGGCGAUGGCUCUGGCGAUACUGCGGGACUGGUGCAGGUCGAUGGGCGUGAACGCUCAGCGAUCUCUGCUCAUCCUGGGCAUCCCAGACGACGGCGAAGACCAGGAAUUCCAGGAGGCUGUGCAGGCUGCCCUGCGUUCCCUGGGCAGGUACCGAGUGCUGCGCAAGGGCUACAGAAAGGAGCUGGGGUCGAGGGUUGCCCUGGUCGAGUUUGCUGAGUAUAUAAAUCGAAGCUUGAUGCCCCGCCAAAUACAGGGCAACGGGGGGCCCUGGACUGUGGCCUGCCUGCCCCAGGCCCCUGAUGCUGAGUCACAGGAUAGACCCAGUUUCCCUGCACAGCCUCGGACACAAGCAGUGGUUGGCAGGGCAGGUGAGGCAGGAACUGCAGGUGAGGCAGGGGUUGAGGGUCAAGCAGGAGCUGAAGGUGAAGCAGGAGUGUCAGACGACGAGGGAGCUGCAGGUGAAGGAAAUGUUGCAGGCGAGGCAGCACUUCCGAGUAUGGCAGGACCCGCGGGCGAGGCAAUGACCGCGGCUGAGGAAGCAGCUGUGGAAGCGGCAGGCGCCAUGGGUGAGGCGGCGCCCUGGACCCAGCAGUGGAGGCAGGCCUUGCAGGCCGUGCCAGACACCGCGGGCUCCCAGGAGCUGGGAACCUUCUCUGGGAUGCAAGAGCCGGGCCACGGGGAAGAGUCCUUUGAGAGCUGGCUGGAGCAGGCCAGCGACAUGCUGCACCUGUGGCGCCACGUGUCUGAGGGGGAGAGGAGGAGGAGGCUGGUGGAGAGCCUGCGCGGCCCCGCGCUGGACGUCCUGCGCGGCCUCCUGGCGGAAGAUCCCGAGCUGGCCGCCCAGGACUGCCUGGCCGCGCUGGUGCAGGUGUUUGGGAACAAGGACCCCCGGGGGAGCGCUUGGUUGAAGUUCCUGACCUGUGCCCAGCGGCCCGAGGAGACUCUCUCUGCGUACGUGAUGCGCCUGGAAGGCCUGCUGCAGUCGGCCCUGGAGAAGGGGGCCAUCCUCCCGGCCGUGGCGGACCAGGUGCGUGCCCAGCAGGUGCUGAUGUGGGCCCGGCUGAACGACACUCUCCAGAAGACGCUGAGGAUGCAGCUGAUGACGAUUCCUCCCAGCUUUAUGGGGAUGCUGUGUCUCAUCCAGAUGACCGAGGCCUGGGAGGCCGCCCUGGCUAGCAGGGAGCUGUUCCCAGGGGAAGAAGUGGCCCGUGUGGACGUUGGAGUCCUGGCAGCAGCCGCCCAGGCCGCCCCGGCCCGUGAGGCCAUCACCGCGGGCACCACUGCGGAUGGCACCAAGGCCUCCCUGGCCGGUGAAGAUACCUCCACCCAGGCCGCCCUUUCCAAGCAAGGUAGCGCCGAGGACCACCCGGCGCCCGAAGAGGCCAGUGAGGCAGUUGCCGGCACUGCCAAGGCUGGCGAGGCGGGCCCUGAAGACCAUGGUGCCGCCAGGGCAGCCCCUGGCCCUGGGGAGACCAGCAAGGCCUCCGCGGCCACUCAGGAAGGUGGAGGAGCUCCCGGCCCUGCGGGCCUAGGUCCGGCAGGACCCACACAUGCCCGCGGAGUCCCCAUGCCUGGCCGGAUGGGCAGUGCUUCCCCGGUGGCCCCAGGAGGUCCUGGCUGGGAGCCAGAGGGCCUCGCCCAGGCAGGAGGCCAGCAGGCCGAGGAGACCCCCGAGGAGGGGCUCCAGCAUGUCCCAGAAGAGCCGGGAAAUGAGGACGGGGCUGCAGAGAUGAGCCCCCCGGGGUCGUCCUCGGGCCAGUAGGCUCAGCAGGCCCCGGGGCCCCCAGGCUUGGAGGCAGGGGGAGGCCAGCCCUGGCAGCCUCCUGGCCCCAUGUUAGGGGCCACUCAAGGUGCCUGGGCCUCCCUCCCGAGAGGGGACCCCUGUUCGUCAUCCCCUGGGCAGGCUGCUCCCUGUCCUGGCGAGCCCCAAUGUGUCCCUGUAGGCCCCAGAGGGACCCAGGUGUCAAGGAACCCCCCAGCCCCCGCUCCCCUCCCCCCCAACACACACACCCUAG